GCUUGUGACAUGGCCACCGAUGUAGCUGAGCCUGUGGUCCCUGACUGCAGAGGAGACGUAAGGAGCGGUGCCAGGUCAGAUGCUGACUAUCCUCUUCGGGUUCUCUACUGCGGAGUCUGUUCGUUGCCAACAGAGUACUGCGAAUACAUGCCUGAUGUGACAAAAUGCAGACAAUGGUUAGAAAAGAAUUUUCCAGAUGAGUUUGCAAAACUCACAGUAGAAAAUUCACCUAAACAGGAACCUGGGGUUGGUGAAGCCCAAGGAAAUGCGGGGGGAGAAGAAGAAGAGAAGAAGAAGCAAAAGAGAGGUGGAAGAGGUCAGAUAAAACAGAAAAAGAAGACUGUACCACAAAAAGUUACAAUAGCUAAAAUUCCUAGAGCAAAGAAAAAAUAUGUCACAAGAGUGUGUGGCCUUGCAACGUUUGAAAUUGAUCUUAAGGAAGCACAAAGGUUUUUUGCUCAGAAAUUUUCCUGCGGUGCCUCAGUAACGGGAGAAGAUGAAAUCAUCAUUCAGGGGGACUUUACAGAUGACAUUAUUGAUGUAAUCCAGGAGAAAUGGCCUGAGGUGGAUGAUGAUAGCAUUGAAGAUCUCGGAGAAGUCAAGAAGUGAUAGUGAAAGACUACCUUUAUUUAAUUAUAUGGUUAUAAAUGAUGUAGCCAAAGUGGGGCUUCUCAAUCCAUUUGCUCUGCAGUGAAACUGUGGAGAACCCAUAUCCUUGGCAUUUUCACUGUUCUGUAUAGGCUGCUUGUUUGUUUUUUUUUUUUGUUGUGAUAUUUGCCAAAGUUAAAUUGGGGUUCUAUCAUGCUUACGCAUGAAGUAGAUUUAAAUAAAAUUACUGUUCUCACUGAA